AUUACGAUACACGUUGAUAAAUAUUAAACAAGGAUAUGCCGAGUCCUAGUUAAGGCACUCUCGCCUGGAAUCUCUUGGAGUUCAAUUCUACCUUAUUUUACUGGAUCAGCCAUUACAUAAUGGUUCAUCAAGACUUUAUUGUCUAUUUUAGCUUCGUAGUGUUUUUAUUAAUUACAAGCUUUCCUUUCUUGAAUACUGCGAAGGCCAAAUGGAAAGCACAGACGCCAAUACUCCAUCAAGAACACCUGCUUCGUAAUCUACCAGACUGUGAAAUAGGAUACCCAACAGAAACCAAUCAAGAUGGUCGGUACAUUCGACACGUGACUUCCCCGGACCAUCAAAGGCGCAAGCGCAGAAGUAUCGACAGAACAGACACACCUAUUUACUAUAACAUUACUUAUCGAGGAACAACUUAUAGUGCUAAGUUGCGACUAAAUGAGGAACUUUUGAGUUCGGGAUUUGUUGUUGAGACACACAAGAAAGGAGGAAGAGUAGAAAAGACAAGGCUCGUGGAUAACUGUUACCUGAUUGGAGAGACUUCAGUGUACAACCUUAGCGUUGCUUUGAGCGACUGCGAUGGUCUGUCUGGUGCCAUCGAUACUGGCGAUGAUGUACUUUUUAUUGAACCAAUCAUCAACGAGACUGCUGUCAAAUCCAAGCAUCAGGGAAAACCCCAUUUGUUGUACACCAAGUCGUCUUUACAAAAGAUCGACCAGGUGGCCUUUGACAUGAUGGGUGAUAAUUGGAAGCCAAACUAUGCCUCUGCUAAAUCAGCUAAAGGUUCCACGGAGAAGUUCAUCUUCCAAGCAGCGAGAUCAUUUAUUAGGAUAGUCAAUCAAGCAGAUCGUCCUGUGAAGAUUAUAUAUUUGGAUGGAAAAGAAGAGAAGUUGUUUGCUGUUCUUCAAGUAGAUGGCGAGCAAAGUAUCAACACGUUUACCAGUCAUCGAUGGCUGGCACGUGAUUCCAUCUCAGACAAAAAGCUGUUUAUUGAUGGGAAGAAACUAUACAUACCACGUGUGAACCUGGAGUACGACAGGAAAACUAUUUAUGUCACCAUACCAAGUAUGAUCCGAAAAUCGACAAUACAAAAAUAGGACUUCUGCAUGAAGGCGUCAUUUGACUCUCACUACCAAAACGAUUCACUUUUU